UACAUUAACAGUCAAUUUGUGAUGUUACAGCUUAUAAGGACUGGCCCUGGAAAGAAUUAGCUUAAUUUUUCAAGUUAGAUACUGUAUUAAUCUUUAAUCGUUGCCAUGAGUUCUGAUGAAUUAUACACCAACACAAAUCGACUGGACGGGCCGAGACAAGACUUAUCUGACGCCUACAGUCUGCCAGCAAACUUUCUAGAGAUUGAAGUAUCAGAUCCAGUAACACAUGGUGUUGGGUGGAGAAAUAGAUUCACAGAUUAUGCAAUUAAAGUACAGACCAAUCUCCCUGUGUUUAAACACAAGGAAUCAUCCGUAAGAAGACGUUACAGCGACUUUGAAUGGUUAACAAGUGAACUGGAAAGAGAUAGCAAGAUCGUUGUACCUCCGUUACCUGGCAAAGCACUGAAGAUGCAAUUACCUUUUCGCAAAGAUGAAGGUUUAUAUGAUGAUGCUUUCAUUGAAGAAAGGAGAAAAGGACUUGAAUCAUUUAUUAACAAGGUGGCAGGUCACCCAUUGGCACAAAACGAAAGGUGUCUCCAUAUGUUCCUUCAAGAAAAAGAUUUGGACAAAAAUUAUAUCCCAGGAAAAGUACGCACUCUCUAAUUACCCAACAGUCAUAGAUGUAUCAGUUGCUUAAGGAAUUUAAAGAUAUCUGUUGAGAAGAUCAAACUGGAAUGUAAAAUACUAAAGUGUCACUGAUUUUGUUUAAUUUUCUAUUGAUUUUACCAAUAUUGUAACAGCCAGCCUCUGUACCAUGAUGUUACCCAUACCAAAUUUGAAAAUUGAUUUCAAUCCGAAGCAUACCUUAUUUAGCUAUCAUGUACAGUAUAAACUCAUAUCGUAUAAACUAUUCAUUCAGUUACGAACUCAAAUCUGUAAGAGCAAAAACAGAUUGAUAUGUUUAUUGCAGUGCAUAUAUUGUAUUUUGCAAUGCAGCUGCUGUAACAGGCGUUCUGUUCAGUUUUCAUUUUGUUGUUUAAAUUUUAUUCACCUGUGUGCAACAUAUUGUAUUAUAAAUAUGCCCGUAAUUUUCGUGAUUACACUACGUCAUCUCUUA